AAACAACAAAAAACCAAAACGCGAAUCAAAGUCAAACACAUUCAAUUAAACGUGAAUUUUGAACGGAGAAACACAAAAGGUAUCAACCGUUCUUCCGCCGCAACCCCACCGGAAAGCAACCGCAACCCCCACCGGAAACGACGUAAAAAGGUUCUGUAUUAGAUGGGAAGUGAAGCUCUUAGAUGGGCGGGAAGGCAUGGAUGUAACUCCGGAUCUGCUCAUGUCUCUCCGUGCCAAGUAGCAAUUGAGAAGGCUCAAGCAGAGCUUAGGCAGGAGUACGACGUUCGUGAAGAAAGAAGAAGGCAGCUAGAAUUUCUUGAAAAAGGCGGGAACCCUCUGGACUUUAAGUUAGGGAAUGCUGUUGCUGUUAGUGUUCAGUCUACUUCACUCACUGAUCAACGUCAAGAACAGUUUGUGACCAGUGAAGCAAAAGGUAGUUUUGUAUUGACUGCCUCCCCUCAUGGUGAUUCUGUCGACAGCUGUGCUAGACCAGGUGCUCCUUCUUUUGAUCCAGAGUCCUGUUGUGCGCAAACUAGUUUAGCUAGAGAUGUAAAUAAUGAUACUGUUAUGCGUACUCAUACAAAAAAUGCUGAUGCCAAUGGAACUGCUUUUGAACAAACUAUAUUUGAGAAGAAACUAAGUUCAACUGCUUCUGAAGCUGUAAAAGAAAGGAGUAAGACAAACAUUGGUGAAAAUGGUACUACUACUAAGAAUGAACAUGCUGCUGGAUAUGUAAACUAUUCUGGUAGUGGUAGUAUCAUAAAAAAUGAAGAAGACUUCCAUAUGAAUAGUUCUAGCAUGCAAAACAAGUUGAAGGAUUCUUCUAGUAUUAGAGGACACCAUAACAAUGACUGUACUGUAACGAAGGCUGAUAAAGGGGAAAGUGUUGUCAUGAUGGAUCGUUCGAAUUCUACCAAGCAGAAGAGGAUUAUGGAGUUAUCUGCUCCUAUAUUACCCUCACCGAUCCUUCGAAAGUGUCCUUGGGAUUUUGUCCUAGAAGAAAUGGCAUGGUUGGCAAAUGAUUUUGCACAGGAGCGUCUUUGGAAGACAACUGCUGCUUCAGUUUUGGCAAAUGCUGUCAUGCAGUUUUGGGAUUCAGUUGAGUUACUACUUGACAAAGAUAUUGCUGACCAUGAGAAAGUUGAUUCGAGUGAAUCUUCUAGGGAUAAGCGGAAAAACUCUGAAAUGGAAUCAAGCAACUGCAUGGAGGGACAAAAUGCCCGAAAAAUAUUUGGACUCAAAGUACAUUUCUAUGCUAUGCGGUAUAUAAUGGAUAGAAGGUCGCAUGAAAUUUCUUCUCAAACAGAAGGACCUGCAUCUCCUGAUAAGAUAUCUGAUUCCGGUACUGUUGACAUGUCACGGGUGGAAAAUCUUACAGAAAAUUCCCGAUGUGCAAAAUAUAGACUUCCCGAUGUGCAUGAAAAAGAAAAGCCAACAACAUCAGGUCAGCAUGCUGGAGGAAACGAUGCGGGUUUUGAAGUCGGUGAGAGAAGUUCUACCGACAAAUGCUGCAACAUUUGUUGGAAAGGUGUUGAAGAAAUUGUGAAAUAUGGAUUAUUUCCUAAUUGUGAUCAUCUUUUUUGUCAUGGUUGCAUUAGCCGAUGGAGAUGCAAUGGAAGCGCUUGUUGGAAGAUAAUGAAAUCAUGUCCAACAUGUAGGGCCUUUUCGUUCUUUGUCAUUCCAAGCACAAAGUGGCUUGCUGGUGAUGCCAAGGCAACCUACAUCAAGAACUACAUGCAACGAUGCAGUUCCAUUGACUGCAGAUAUUUCCUGCACGGGGACGGAUACUGUCCUCAGAGACAUCACUGUUUCUACAGGCAUGUGGUGCAUCCGGGCACAUACAGAUGGAUGCAUCAUAGGUCACCACCACCACCUCAACCUGAGGUUGACGAGGAAGUGGCAGCUGAUACGAUUACUGAUUUUGAAAUCGGUAUCCGGCCCGAGGCCAAGGACCGAAUAAUUCAGGGGACAAUCCCACCUUCAUGUAUAUCUUGUAGUUUUUUUUUCUUCUAAUUUUGAAAUUAGUAUCCGACCCGAGGAUCGAAUAAUCCUUGAUGGACUACCACCGUCAACUAACGGAGGACUCAAUUGAAAUCGGAGCAAUUCUCUGCAUGGACUUGUCUUGCACAGAAAUUGACACUGGAAAUAUUCGAACAUGAGACUUACAGAGGAGCACACUCCAAGGUCUCAAGUCUACUCUACUUGAGUCUAGGCAUUUAUAUCGUGUAAUAUUUUUUUUUGUUUCUAGGCAUUUGUUUUAGGUUUAAGCUUGAAUUGGUUUUUUUUUACCGUAGCUUGAAUUGGUUAGGCAUUUAUAUUUUGUAAUAUUUGUUUUUGUUUCUGGGCAUUUGUUUUAGGUUUAAGCUUGAAUUGGUUUCCGAAUGUUAUAUAAUGUGGGGGGUUGUGCCUCCUUCCAGUGUUUUGGACGGUCCUGACAUUCUUUGUAUCAUAUAUUAAUUAAUUACUCUAUUUAAAAACACAGUUUUUAGGCUAAA